UUGUUCGCCGCCGGCCGGAAAUGGAGCAAGCCGAGGCUGUGGUGUGAGAGGGAGUCGAAGUCCCUGCGCUGAGCGCUCAGCGUCAGCUAAGGAUAGUGUGUCUCCUCUGAAUGAAUGCUUGGAGGCGGUAAUGGGCUGGAUGAGGAAAAACAAACUGAAGCUGAAUCCAGACAAGACGGAGGUGCUCGCUGCCAAAGGCCACAACCUAGGUUUGGAGGUGUGUCAACCGGUUCUGGAUGGGGUUACACUCCCCCUGAAAGACUGUUCGCAGAUUGGGGGUGCUUCUGGAUCCGUCGCUCCAAAUGACAGCCCAGAUAGAUGCGACGGCCAGGAGUGCCUACUAUCUGCUUCAGCUGAUACGCCAGCUGCGUCCCUUCCUAGAGUUGGAAGACCUAAAGACGAUAGCAGUUGCUUGGCUGGAUCAAAUAGAGAAAAAAUUAAGUAAAUCAAUGCCUUUCACAGGUUUCGAAAUCGCUCUGUGGAAUUCCCUGCACAGAAGGCAGCAGUAUCCCAUUUGAUGGCCUCCCAGGUCCGGAUGCCGCUGAGGAGUGGAAAGGACCCCCGUUGCCGAGAAGUGGUUUGGUUUGCGGUGCUUUGCAGAGCCAUCACGCUUCUUCUCCAGGCCCUUUUCAACUUCCUGAUCCCUGAUCACGUUGCAGACGCCUUCUCUCCACCCCGCUUGUCCGAGUCUGGGUUCUGCGAUGGGCUUUUGGAAUGGCUCCUGGGAGGCCUGUCACGGUGGGAUGCCGAGCACUUCCUGUUCAUAGCCGAGCACGGCUAUGUGUAUGAGCACAACUGCGCCUUCUUCCCCCUGUUUCCCCUGAGCCUGCGAGUGGCAGCAGAAACGGCCCUGUGGCCCUUGAGUGGCUUCCUGUGUCUCCGGAGCCGCCUGCUCCUCUCUGCAGCUCUGCUCAAUGGCCUCUUCUCUGUCUUGGCAUCUUGGACUCUGUAUGAGCUCAGCUGUGUGGUCCUGCAGUGCCGCAAGAAGGCCUUCCUGUCAGCCGUCCUCUUCUGCCUCACUCCCGCUAAUGUCUUUAUGACAGCUGCUUAUUCAGAAAGCAUGUUUGCUCUCUUAGUGUUUGCUGCCAUGUGGCAGCUAGAGAAAAAGCAACGUUGGGCCAGCACCCUCCUCUUCUCGUUAGCCACCGGCGUGCGCUCCAAUGGACUAAUCAAUGCUGGAUUUCUCCUCUAUUCGGAGAUGAAACACUUCGCCUCCCAGCUCCAGGCAAGGACAGGAACUGGGGUAAGGCCGCUGCAGAACUUAGCUCAAUUCCUAAACUGGGCAGUGUCUCUGGUGGUCAUGGUAGCCUCUGUUUUCCUACCUUUUGCUCUGUUUCAGUUUUUUGCCUACCUUAGAUUCUGCAAUCCCAACGCGAGCCCAGUACAUGCUGUGCCAGAGCCACUGUUGAAGCUGGCUGUAGAUAAGGGGUAUCGUGUAGCCACCUCAGAUGGUGAGGAAUCCCCAUGGUGCUCCUGGGACCUUCCUGUGCUCUACACCUAUAUUCAAGAUGCUUACUGGAACGUCGGCUUCCUCAGGUACUUUGAGCUCAAACAGAUCCCCAACUUCCUACUAGCUGCGCCUGCCAUUGUGCUGGGCUCAUGGGCGGCCUGGUGGUACUUCACUGCAAACCCUUGGCACUGCCUAAUGCUCGGCCUGCUGAGAAGAAAGACUGGAGGGAUGCAAGGUGAAGAUUCUGACAAGCCGGCUGCUGGUUUUUCCUCUCCGGGUGCAUUUGUUUACAUGGUCCAUGCAACAGCUCUGUUGGUGUUUGGGACGUUUUGCAUGCAUGUACAGGUCAUUACCAGAUUUUUGGGUUCCUCCUCUCCAGUCCUUUAUUGGUUCUCUGCUUGUCUGCUUUAUGACAAUGAAAUAUUGAUGCAGAAUGGAAGUCCGUCUUCACAGCAUGGAGCACUCCACUCCGAGAAACACUCAUUAAGGAAUUCUCCUAAUUGGAGCAGGAAUGAAAACCCUGUGCUGGCACUCCUGAGCAACUGGAGACAGUGUACCACUCUCACCAAGUGUAUUCUGGGAUAUGUACUUUCCUAUUGGCUGCUGGGGCUGGUCCUUCAUUGUAACUUCUUUCCUUGGACUUAAAGCAAUUAAAAAACAAUAUGGAUAUAUGUUGGCUGAGGAGAGUAGUGGUGGGCAGAAAGUAGAUUGGGAAUCUGCUGGUAGAUCUCUGGGUGACCUGAAGUGGAGCAGCAAGGAUUCCUGGCUCCCAAUGGUUCAACAAGGGGAACAAUAAAAUGACUCCACAUCAAAAUGUGAGGAAGGACUGUGAGUUCAGUUCUAGUACUCAAAAUGAGUGUGUGUCCUUGCACCUGCCUCCAGUUGGUAGAUCUGUGUUUAUUUAUUUAUUUAAUACAUUUAUAUACCGCCCCAUAGCCGAAGCUCUCUGGGUGGUUUACAACAGUUAAAAACAGUGAACAUUGAAAAAAUAGCCGAAAUGUUUGCCUCCCUCCAUUCUCUUACAGUUUUUCUUUCCAACAGAAAGUGCUACUCUGUAAAAUCUAGCAGAGCGGUAAAGUUCCAGUUAUUACUACAAUGCUCCAUGCUGCUCCAACCACAAGGAUGCCUUUCGUUCAUAAGUUCCAUAUUAACUGAGUCACGACUUUCAUUUAUUUAUCUUUUAGUUUUAUAGAUAGGGGAGCUGAGGAAGUCAGUAACUGUAAACGGGUCACCACGACUCAGUUUUCUGUUGAUCUUGGGCUCUGCAUAGGAAACUUCCUUUUUUCCCCAUCUACUUGGCUGUGUUGGAGAGACUUCUAGAGGGAUGGAACGGCAUGAAUCAGGGCUAGCGUUGGUCAAAUCUUUCAGUACUUUGUUCUCAUUUUCUUUCGGGAGUGUUUCAGGUGUUGCUUGUACUGUCUUUUUCUCGUGUCUGGUGGAAGCUAACAGCUUCGCAUCAUUUUUCUUGGAGACUGUCAAAAUUUUUGGCAAGCAGAGGAUCUUUCUGGGCUCCCCUGAUCUUUAGCAGGUAGAAGCAUAAAACAUGAAUGACCAGAGUUCUGGCAGCUGGAUAACACGAUCUUAGAAUGGCCAACUGAAGAAGAAUCAGGAGCGUUGGGGCAUAUAGCUAAGAAAUUAAACAGAGGUGGUGGCACCUCAGUAACAUCCAUAAUAAGAGAAUCUCGCAGAGUUCUGGAACUUGGAGCCCGGAGGAAGCUCCAUCCUGCCUGAUCUACUUUACUAGUUUUACAUUCCGCUAGACUUUUGUUUUACUUCCUGGGUCAAAACAUUACGACCAUUGACAUGGCUUGGAGGAGCAAGGUCUAUCCAAGAUGUUGUGCAACCUGUGGUUUUGUAAGAGUGGUGGGAACUAUACUUCUCUUUCCAACUGUAGCUGUCCAAUGGCACCAUUUCCUCCAGAGAAUCCACGCAACUAGAAUCUUCAACAGGACAUGCAGGCUUGGGAAUGUUUAUCUUACUAUUACGAAGUUUGUUGUUUACAGAUAGAAUUACAGUAUCCAUUCGUCCAUUACUAUAAUUGUCCACAUUUCUUUUUGAUUGGCUGAUAGAAGAAUCUCUGUCUUUCUUUCCAGCACUCACUUUUUUUUAGAGCUUUGGUAUCAUUGGCUUCGAUCUUCUCAUAGCUUUUAUUUUUAGUGCUCAGUCUAACAGGCUUACCAACCUGACUGAUGUCAAGGGACUGUGUAGCAGCAGGCUCAGCUUCCUUUGCCCACUGCAGGCCAUCAAGUUGCACAUUAUCUGACAGCCCCAUCUGUAUUGUAGUUAAAAACAAAGCAGAUCCUGCAAGCCUGAGGUCAGCUGUCCCCUGAACUAGCAUAAGAAUAUAGCAGAGCUGAACGGAUUAUUGAGAACUUGUGACUCCCCACUUUAGCAAGAACUUUUCUGGCUUCCAGUCAGUUUCUGGGCCCAAUUCAAAGUGGUGGUCAUUACAUUUAAAGCCUGAAAUAGUAUAGGACCAGGGUUCCUAAAAGACUGCCUCCUCUUAUAUGAAACUGCAUGCUCAUUAAGAUAAACGAGAGAGGCGCUUCUCAUCUUGCCAAUAUCUGUGGUGCAUUUCGUGUGGAUGCAAGAGAACAUGUAAUCUUGUGCCUAGGGUUGGGAAUUCCAUUUAGGGUGGGCCACUUCACUCCUUCUCUGAUGCUUUUUCCACUAUCUUGUGAACACCUUUCAUUUCCAGCAAGCAUUUAGCCUGCUAAAUCUGGGAUUGUUUUAUUGUCUCUUUGGAGAAUGGGAUUUUUAAAUACCAUUUAUAUUUGCUGUCCCCAUUUGUUUAUAUAAAAAGAAAAGAUUAAACUGUUUAUUCUCUUA